ACAUCGGAUCUACCACGACAAGGGCCAGCACUAAUAACAACCUUGUAUUAACCUCGACAGCAGUCACUCGUUUUUUUGCUGUUUCUUCUCACUCUCGCUUUCUCUUUCUUCUUUGCAGCUGCGCAGGUCGUGUGUGUUUUAUACUUCGUUCAUACUCUCUUACGACUUCGCUCACCCUUCCCCUCUCUCUCGCGCCGGCCGUUGAAAGUGGUCCAUUUCGCGAUAACAAAGGCUAUCCACCCCUCGCCAUCUGUGUGAACCCGUCGCGUUGUUACACGACCAGCCUCCUUGAUUAAUUACUCCGUCUGCUACAAGGCACAAAGGGAACAAAGCAACUCUUCCUUGUUCAGCGCCUUGUCGUUCUUGUUGCCCCGAGAUUGCGACGCCGCCGCCUCCUUCACUCUUCCGAAUCUCCCACACAACAAAGAGCUUUGAGCUCGACAAGCCUCGUGGCUAUGGAUUCUUCCUCUUUCUCGAAUGUGCAUCCUCAUGUAGAAAAGGCAUUGCACAACCUGUUCAAACGUAACUGCGUCGACUGUCCUGGAACAACACCUUCUUGCCCGUCAUGUUCGGGAGGUAAAGUCUGCUCACUGGUACCUCAAUCUUGCGACACUUGCGCAUACACAACCUGCGUCACAUCGAAUGAUGGCAGCUCUCACCACUCCGGCCCUAACGUCGGCGCCAUCGCUGGAGGAGUCAUUGGCGGUAUCAUCGUCGUCGGCGUAUUGGUCUUCUUCUUUUACUGGAAAGUAAUCCGACCGCGCCGUAUCAAGUUGGAGGAUCAAUGGGAAGAGGAGGAUCAGGCCGAAGACCGCAAAUCCGCCUUCAACAUGCAACGCUCCGAACGCGCCUCCGUACACACUGUGCACUCUGUCGCCAACAGCAUUCUCAGCCGUGCUUCCAACUUCAUCCCCAUCGCCUAUAUCCCGGGCGUUAUGAACAGAGAUGGCAGAGAAGAACACGUUCCCCCGGUCCCUCCAAUCCCUGCCGCUCAUGGCCCUCCUGUGAGCGGUGGCUCUUCAAACGGAGAAGCCCUCUUCUUCCGCCCUCAAGACCUCCGCGAUUCCACAUACUCGGAUACUUCCUCCCUCGACAACCGCAGCACCUUCUUCGGCCGUCCCAGCAUCACUCCCUCGCUCGCCCGCAGCAGUAUUGCAACGUACCGCGACGAUGCAGUCAUCAACCCCAUGCCCGCUCAAACCGUCCUUCGCGGAAAAGCAAACGUCGUCAGCGUGAAGAGUGGAAACAGCGGAACACCCACCUCCACACCUCCCAACAGCACCCCAGCCGAAGAAAUUGCGAACCCGCUCAACCGCAGUGCAAGUGGCAGGAAAUUGAACAUCGUCAUGCCUGCCUCCAGCGAUUCCGUCAGACUGGGCUCUUCUGGCUCUGACUCCUCACAACAAACACUUAGCAGUGCAAGUUAUGGUAAACCCACUCUUCUCACUGUGGGCGGAAAACCAAAACCCAAGGGCCGCUUUCCCGUCUCUCCCGACUCCUUCGCCACAGCAAGCCCAGCACAAACGAAACCAAACGUAUCAUCACCGCUUGCGUCUUCGGAAACAACGACACCGGACGCAGAAUAUGACGCUUCUCCCUUCGCCGAUUCUGCUUCCAUCUCACCACCACAAAACCCUAAACGCACACCUGGUGGUCUUUCAGCUGUGAUUGAGGAAACAGCGUCGAGUAGGGGCAGCUUGCCGAAAGGAAAAUUCAGACAGAGUCAGCAUAUGCAGCCUAGAGGGCAGAGUCCCUUUGGUGAUGAGCAUGAAGCUUGAUGAUCGAGCCUCUAAACCGCAUGUUUCUUUUGCUUCUUCACUUCUUCACGACCCGCCGCUUAUUCCCGAUUCUUCCGACUUUUCCGACUUGUUCAUGUCCUCUUUUACUCUACACCUCUUUCCUCUCUGCUUCUCUGCGCCCACUUCGAGCUGACGAAGCUUCUACCCUUCCUCACGUCACACUCUACCACGACCAUCGAAACCUCUUUGCUACCUUUCUUUUCUUUUUCUUUUUCUCUCGAUUCAUGGUUCCGGCGCAUGCGAACUUGCAAUCAUCAUCUUUACUCUUGCGCUGGACGUUCUUGUAGAUGGACUUUUUUCUUUUCUCUUCUCUUUCCAAAAACUUGGGUGGGUGGCUUUUUGCACUUUUGCACUAUUUGUUGCUUCUGCUCCUAUGCUUGCCUUCUAGCGUUAGUGUUUUCUUCUUGGUUUUUUUUUUUCGAUAUGCAGAUAUGCAGAUUCUUUUUUGAUAUGCAGAUGAUAAAUCCACAC